AUGUCGUUCGGCCCUUAUGUACAGCAUUUUGUGGAUGAUCUGGAGUCAGUUGCUGAUCGGAUGCGUGUAUCUUUGCUGGCGCUAGGUCUCCGGAGUGCGAACUUGAAAUAUAUCAUCUUCAAGAUCUCAGAUGACAAGAAGGAGAUCGUCGUUGAGGAGUCGUCGAAGGAUACCGACUACGAAACUUUCCGCACCAAGCUGAUCGAGGCCAAGGAUAGCAAUGGGAAGCCCGCGCCACGAUAUGCGCUGUACGAUGGCGAGUUCGACCUUGGGAGUGAGGGUAUUCGAAAAAAAAUCAUCUUCAUCUCUUGGGUCCCCAGCGAAACGCCAACCUUCUCAUCCAUGAUCUACGCCACGACCCGAGAAACGCUCAAGAACGCCUUGAACCCUCAUGUCAGCAUCCACGCCGACGACACGGAUGAGCUCGAGUGGAAGACCCUGAAGGAAGCUAGCGUGAAGAAAUAG